GUGACAAACAAGUUCAGAGGGGCGUGUUUAAAGAGACUAAUGGGCGGCCACCCGGAAGUCGGAAGAGCCACGUGGGUUGUUGGAGUUGGAUGUAAACAAGAGUCUGCGAGGCUCCUUGGAACUGGGGUAAUUGACGUCUGACCAUGAAGUUCUUACAACUCUUUGGAAUGGUCAAGCCCGUUGUAAUAGGCAUGGUACAUGUAAAGGCUUUACCAGGGACUCCAGGCAGCAGAUUGCCAGUGGCACAAAUCAUAGAAGAAGCUUGUCAUGAAGCCGAGAUAUAUAAAAAUGCUGGAAUAGAUGGUAUAAUGGUGGAGAACAUGCAUGAUAUCCCUUACACCUUUUAUACUGGACCAGAAAUCACUGCAACAAUGGCCACCAUUUGUACUGCUGUAAGACAAGCUUGUCCCCUCCUUCCACUUGGAGUUCAGAUUCUGUCCUGUGCCAAUAAACAGGCAUUGGCUGUUGCUCUGGCAGCAGGCUUUGAUUUUAUCCGAGCAGAAGGCUAUGUGUUCUCUCAUGUUGCUGAUGAAGGCCUUGUAAAUGCCUGUGCUGGAGAUCUGCUGAGGUAUCGUAAAGCCAUUGGAGCUGAACAUAUUCAGAUUUUUGCAGAUAUUAAAAAGAAACAUAGUUCCCAUGCAGUGACAGCGGAUGUGUCUGUGUCAGAGACUGCAAAGGCUGCAGAGUUCUUCCUUUCUGAUGGUUUGAUAUUAACUGGAGCUUCAACUGGGCAAGAGGCAGAUCAGAGGGAUUUGAAAGAAUGUGAAAAGUCGGUAAGAAUUCCAAUACUUAUAGGAUCUGGAGUGACUCUAGAAAACAUGGAGAAAUACAUUGAUGCCAAUGGCUUUAUAGUUGGUUCUCAUUUUAAAAAAGAUGGUCACUGGAGCAAUAGUGUUGAAUAUGACAAAGUCUCUUCAUUUAUGGAUAAGGUGAAGAAACUAAGAAAGUAAAGCUGUAUGUAUAGAAGCUUACUGUCAAUCUCGGCACUUGGCUAAAUCUUGCAAGAUGUCUGCCGAGUAUAAAUUCGUUUUUCAUUUUCCAGAAAGCAUUUCUGGUUAUUUUAAUGAAUAAAAAAAUCACAAUGCU